UGUCAAAAUUGACCGCCAUCACUGACACUUCAAAAAAAACUUUUUUUUAAAUUCCUUUAGUUAACAAAAAAAACUCAUUAAUUAUUACAAACAGUUUAUUGUUCACAAACCCUAAAACCGCCCCAAUCGAAGCUCCCUAAACAAAAAACAACCUCAACCCUGGGCAACACACACACGUCACGCGCGACCUUCACACCCUGAUGACAUUAAACAGCUGAUCGCCAAAACUUGACAGUUGACCCAAAAAUCAAAAAGAAAUUCCAGUGAUGUGUUCUCGAAACUAAACAACAAACAAAGAUGAUUUUCAAGUCGCGUAGGGCUCUGCUGAAAUCGUUGGGGCUGCGCUACUCGAGUUUAUACGCCCCGGAAGCGGUCCUGAGCGAGGAAAACGUGAAAAAAACACUGGCCAAGUUCGCGAGCCUGAAGCCGAUAAGGAUGAUCGCGCACGAACCAACAAAACGGGCCGGAGUAUUAAUACCCAUUUGCCUCGUUGACGGUAAGGUGGAGCUACUGUACACCCUGAGGGCGGCAAAUUUAAAAUCCCACCGGGGUCAAGUGAGUUUUCCCGGGGGCAUGCAGGACGUGACCGAUAAGAACCUGGAGGAGACCGCCCUGAGGGAAACCGAAGAAGAGCUCGGACUAAAGGACGAUGAAAUCGAAGUGUGGGGCAGCGGGAACCCAAUAGUGACCAAAAGGGAAACCAGUGUGACCCCGGUGAUAGCCAGGAUAAAGGGGGAAUAUCACCCGACUAGAUUGCAAGUGAAUUCGUCCGAGGUGGAGGAUGUGUUCACGGUUUCUUUGGAGGAUCUUUGUAGGCCCCAGAAUAUUGGAUACACACAGUUCCGUGGGGGUUUUAGUUCCAUGCCAGUGUUCACCGGGGGGAAGUUAAGGGUGUGGGGGCUCACAGCACUUUUAACUUAUCGGUUUUUAAGCAGUUUGUUGCCACAUCAGGCGUAUGCUCAUAGUAUAAAGUAUUUGAUUCCCAUUAAACCCCAUACGAGGUAUAGUACUGCAAGAAGGUAGUGUUGGUAUAGUGAGUUUCAUUUUGUAUUAUGUACUGUGAGACUUUUAUUUAAAAAGACAAACUGAAAGUGUAAAUUCCUGUGUUACUACUUUUACUUGCUACUAUAGAUUUAAUGAAAAUUUGAAGUGUAUUUUUUAAUUUAUGUAAUAUUUAAUGUGUAAUGAGGACAGCUGUUGUUAAAAAUUGUUAUGCAGUAAUAAAAUUUAUUAUUUAUAUAUUAAUAAA